GAACAAACCAGACCAAACGGUUCGGACUUGAGAAAAAGCAACAUAUGAAUUUACACUUUGAUCGUACCUAUAUAUAUAUAUAUAUAUCGUCGUUAUAUUCUGAACUUCUGCUGUGAUUCUCUCUUUAUUACAGCUUUUGCUUUUGUUGUUGCAUCUUCCCACAGUUCUCUCUCUCUUGGGUCACCGCUUCUCCUGCCCCAGAGUUGAACUACUCUGUUGCGCUUUGCUGGUGACGUGUAUGUACUUGUAGUUAUUCAUGGAGGAAUCCAACUCAUGGAGAGAUGAGCUGGCGAGCUUGGUCGAGGACACGGGGAUAAUAUUCCCCGGUGAAUCGAUGACGGUCUCGCCGAAGCCGCCGCCGCCGCCGGAGGAAGAAGACGCGGAGAGUUUGAAGGAUCAGAUCAAGGGCUUCGCGGCGGCGUGGGGCGAGCUGGCGGUGGAACUAGGGAGAGGGUUUCGGGAUGUCGUGCAGCAGACGAUAUUGACCGACGACUCUUACAUUGUGAAGAAAACCAAGCUCCCGUUGGCCGAGGUCUCGGAGAAAUUGAGGUUUCUCAACGACUUCUUGCCCGAGGAUCGCGAUCCCCUCCACGUCUGGCUCGUCAUUUUCUUCGUUUCUAUGCUAGCUCUAGCUGUUUUGAGUGUAACUAGCAAACACGAAAGUGGUAUUUCAUCGGUGAAGAAGGUUUGUCUGCAUCCUCCCAGUGCUGAGCGUAUACUGCUUCCAGAUAAUAGAUACUUAGCCUAUCAUGAAUUCGGAGUUACAGCUGAUAAAGCCCGACAUUCCCUUAUCGUUCCUCAUGGUUUCCUCUCUUCACGUUUUAGUACAGGUACGUUGGGAAUCAAAGUGUCGCUGCUGGAAGAGUUUGGUGUUCGUCUCAUCAGUUAUGAUCUUCCGGGUUUUGGGGAGAGCGAUCCGCAUCCUGAUAGGAAUCUUAACUCAUCAGCUCUGGAUUUGUCACACUUGGCAGAAUCUUUAGGAGUGAAGGGCAAAUUCUGGGUUCUGGGAUAUUCUAGUGGUUCCUUACAUGCUUGGGCUGCUCUAAAGUAUAUUCCAAACAAAGUUGCUGGUGCAGCCAUGCUUGCCCCAUUGGUCAAUCCAUACGAUUCGAGCAUGACUGAAGAAGAGAUGUCUAGGACUUGGGAGAAUUGGACCAGACGGAGAAGAAUGUUGUUCUAUUUGGCUCGAAGAUUUCCAAAGUUCCUUGGUUACUUCUAUCAUCGUACUUUUCUCUCUGGAAAGCAUGGCCAACUCCAAAAAUGGUUGUCUUUAUCAUUGGGAAAGAAGGACAAAGAUCUUAUUGAAACACCAGCUUUUGAAGAAAUCUGGCACAGGGAUGUCGAGGAGUCAGUUCGCCAGGGUAACCUAAAGCCAUUUGUCGAAGAAGCUAUGCUCCAAGUGUCGGAUUGGGGUUUCAGCCUCAUGGAUCUCCAAGUGCAGAGGAAAUGUCCAAGAAAAGGCAUCUUCCCAUGGCUGCAAUUCAUGUAUGGUACACCAGAAUGUCAAUUGGUUGGAUAUCUCGGCCCCGUGCACAUAUGGCAGGGAAUGGAUGACAUGGUGGUUCCUCCAUCAAUGACUGAUUUCGUUGCUCGUAUUCUACCAAGUGCGAUUGUGCAUAGACUUGAGGAAGAGGGACACUUGUCGUACUUCUCCUUGUGCGAUGAAUGCCAUAGAAACAUAUUCUCGACCAUUUUUGGAAGCCCGCAGGGUACUGUAGAUAAUACUCUUACACAAGACAACGUAGAAGAGGGCUCGGCGCAGCCGGAGCCUGCAACUAUAUGAUAUGGAUGUUUCUUUUUUCCAGAAUGACUGUAGAUAACAGGGAUGCUUCUUUUUCUCAACGGAGCAGCGAAUUCCAGAGUGCUGAGAUAACCUUACAUAGUGCUGACAAUAGAUUUAUCAAACACGAAAAUGUGACACCUCACUUACCUACCUGUGAGUACAACGUUAUUUUUCUACUUAUACCCCAAUGAACAUAUCAUUCUGCUUUA